AAAAAUUCACAUACACUUAUAAAGUUUUUAUCAUAAUCCCAACUAAAGAAUCCGAACAUGAAGUUGACCAAGAGCUGUGAGUUACAAGUCAACAAUGAUGUGGAUUAUUGCAGAGCAGAAAUAACAACGACAGACACGACUUCCCCCACAGCAUUCUGUUUCGAUUUUGGCGUGGACGAAAGUUCUGCUGGGUAUGCCUCGGCAGUCGUCGAUAAUAAGAGUAUGACAUCAAUUGUGCGGGACAUAAUUGAGGAGACGAUGUCGGAUGACAGCAAACGGAAGUCAGAAUCUCAUGAAAGGCAGAAUUGGAAAGUGAAGCGCAAAUCCCAAAAAGAGUCCAGACCGCAACAGAUGAUGCACUGUUGCGAAACUCUCGCCUUCAGCACACAAGGUGUAUUCAACAUGGGUUCUAUCGAGAAGUUCAAGUUGAACAGACAGUCAACAUUACCACAAUCCCUUCCAACAGAUGAUAUUCUUCAAAAAGUGCAAAGAUCAAAAAGGUUAUCGCUGAGAAAAUUUAUGUUUAAACAUUUGACGGAUCGAAAAGAUAAAUACAGUUAUAAGUACGAAGAAGGUUCAUCGCACGACCUUGUGACGGAAGUACCCCUCAAAGGUUCAUCUCACAACGUUUUAACGCUCAAAGGAUGUUGAUGUAUAAAAUUAGUUUCUAUAAUGAGACAACGAACGAUCAUUGUCUUUCAUAAAUAAAAAUCGUAUUGCAA